AUGUUUUCCGUUCCCCAACCUGAAAGCACUGCCAAUCCUUCAGAGUGCCCGAUUGUCAUCCUCCACCAUGACUCUGCUGCAGACUGGGAACUGGUGCUCCGCCAAAUAUACGAUGGAUUCAGGGAAUUCCGCUCGUAUACAGCUUUCAGCGUGAGGGUGCUGAUGGCCAGCGUGUCUCUCGCCGACAAGUACAACAUAGUCCACCUUCGAAAGGAAGCCGCGAGUCGCCUGAGAAGAACAUUCAACGGGGACUUCAGAAACUUCCCCCAAGCGGUCAAAAUCCGCAGUCAAUGGGUCUUUCUGGGAAAGGAUACUUCUCUGGGAGACCUAAUCAACCUCGCCUUUCGCUAUGGAUUGCGCUACUGCCUUCCUUCCAUGUACCUAGUGGCUCUUCACGACGAGGUCCUCUUCCACUAA